GUUAGACUGACGUGAUAACCAACUACACCACGACACCAAGUUGUCGGUUCUCCUAACUAAACUUAUUUGUAUGCUGUAAAAUAGGAUCCGGAUCCGGAUCCAGAUUAGGGCGAGUGGGUAUUUUCAAUUAAUUUUCCCAGCGGUAUUUUGGACAAUUUGAGCCUUCGGUGUCGUCCCUCCUUUUUUUCCUGUUCUCCUCCCUUCUCUUCCCCGGCGGCCGAACCCUAGCUCCAUCUUUCUCUUCCUUCGUCACUUUAGGGUUACCGAAGAUGUCAGGAGCCCCGCUGGACAUGACUCUUGAUGAUCUCAUCAAGCAGAAUAAGAAGCCUGGCGGUGGUGGAGGCCGUGGUGGUCGUGGCCGCGGCGCCGGCGGUCCUGGUCCCGCCCGCCGUCCCAACAACCGUGCUUUUAAUCGAACUGCUCCGUAUUCCGCUCCUAAGGCUCCGGAGUCUACCUGGCAGCACGACAUGUUUUCGUCGGAUCAGGCCAUGGCUUACGCCGGUCAGUUCGGUGGUGUCGCUCGGGCAUCUGCAAUAGAGACUGGAACGAAGCUUUACAUCUCCAAUCUGGAUUAUGGUGUUUCUAAUGAGGAUAUUAAGGAACUCUUUGCAGAGAUUGGUGACCUGAAACGUUCUUCUAUACAUUAUGACCGGAGCGGAAGAUCAAAGGGAACUGCAGAAAUCGUCUACUCUAGGCGACAAGAUGCACUGGCUGCUGUCAAAAAAUACAAUAAUGUCCAGCUUGACGGGAAGCCAAUGAAAAUAGAGAUUGUUGGAACAAAUAUUGAGACACCUGCUGCUGCACCUCAGUUUGGCGCUGGACCCUUUGGAAUCUCAAAUGGAGUUCCUAGAAGUGUACCUGGAAGGGGUGGGUCUUUUGCAAGGCCUCGAGGCGGUGGGGGACGUGGUCGUGGAUUUGGUAGAGGCCGUGGACGGGGAAGAGGACAACAACAACAACGUGGUGAGAAAGUAUCAGCAGAAGCUCUCGAUGCUGACUUAGAGAAUUAUCACAAAGAAGCAAUGCAAGAAAAUUGAUUGAAGGACCUGCCAUAGUUUGUUGCUGCCAUACGCACGAUCCUGGUGUGGCAUCUGUGUAUUAAUAGCCUCUUUCUAGAGUGACAGUGAAGUUACUUGUAGCGAGUUAGAACCCUCGUUGUUGGAGCUUUGGCUUUCCUAUUGGUGUUUGCUUUUUUCUUUUUUUUAUAAGAUACUUGGGUUGGUGAUGUACUGUAAUGAAUCAUUUAUUUCACACCUACUUAAACUGAUCAGUAUUUCGAGAAGUGGGGAAUCAGUUGACAAUGUUUCACUUCAAGACAAGGCUUUGCCUGGAAAAAUGGAGAACUCCAGCAUUCUGAGGUCCUCUCUUUUGAAUUGCUUGGACCGCUGUUGGAACUAUGCAUUCUCGUUAGCAACUUUGAGGUAGUUUCCUAAAUUUUUUAGUUGUCUAAUUACUCUUAAAUACUUUUUGAGAUCUCUCUGGUCGAGCAUCACACUGUAUUUCAUAGUUAAUUAGAUGAUAUCUCUCAAGUAUUAAUUGCCCGUUAUGUAGCUUUGAUUUUUUCUGAAGAAAGUAGAUUGAUGUUGAUUUCUUCCUGAUUUGAACUUCUUGGAUGAGAGAGAGAAAGUUGAAAGUGUGCACACAGCUAUUUCUUUUCAUGGUUUCUAUCCUAGUGAUUUCCUUCCUGGCUAGUUGAGUCGUAUAGUAUGCCGUGACUUUAAAUGGUUUUGGUGUCCAUGCAAAUUUCUGAGUGUUGUUGGUGGCCUGAGCAGUGUAUUUAAUACAAACUAUUUCUAAAUGUACAGUGUUUGCAUUUCUCUUUGCAUUCGAGCUUACAGUCUAAUGAUGGAGAUCAAAUCCUUCUUCGUGACAACCUCUAUUCUUUGUUAAGCUGGUCAUCAGUUCAAUUUUUUUGCUGUGGAUUGCUACCAGAGCACUUUACUGUUUUCAAGUAGGCAUCAUGUUCUUUCUUAUUGAUGAAUGACAACCAUGAAGUUCCAUUUGGCAAUCAAAGUGACUCUUUGCCUUGAUGGAGAUGAUCAAGAGUAAAUGUAAGACACUGUUUCAGUAAUGUGAUGUCUCUGGGAAGAAUGGCGUGGUUAAUUAAUUGCUUUAGAGAGCCUGCAGGAGUUUGGUAUAGCUGAAUGUGAUGCUUUUAGAUUUGUAGGUGUGAGGAUGAUGUGCUUAAUCCAUUGCAUUAGAGGCAUUGCUAAAGUGUUUGUUCAAUAUCAUUGACUGGUCCUGCUCUUUGCCAAGCAUGAAUUUGGUAUAUUUUGGUAUGUUCAGCAUGGUUGAGUGAAAAGCAGCUGGGAGAUUAACAUUAGCCUUGAUGGUUCUCUAUACAGGUGCCCUGGUUCAUCCCUUGCAUAUACGAGGGGCAGUUGUGAUGUUACAUGAAUAUCUCCUGCAUCUUCCUGAAGUUUUGUUGAUCUUGCUUAUUUCCUUUCCUUGUAAGUUGUUGAAGGCCUAUCGUAAACAGUUAAUUGCUUGCCUACUUUGUCUCAUUUAGUAUCAAAUUACUUUCAUUGCUUUGGUUUGAUCUCAUAAUUAGAAAAUUUUACUACUUGAGCAGCACAAUAACCAUUAGUUUUGUAACAUCUUAACAAACUGGCAAAUGACAUCAAAUGCAAAUCUCUUGCUAGGUACUGUGUCGGGGUUUUGUUGAAUCUGCUAAUAUUAAUUAGCCACUGAGGUUCUGUUGUUUACCGCUGUAAAGCAUUAGAACGAGACAAAUUCCAAUUGCAAAUAGACACAUUCGAUUAUCCGUCUAGGUCUGCGCAUUGUUUCUAAUCCGAUAAUGCAAGUCCUUGAUUGAUAUCGGUACAACACUCAACGUGAAUUUGAAUUUGCCAGUAGCGUCCAUUUUUUCUUUUUUAAAGCUACAAAUCAAGUAAUAUCAGAUUGGUGUUAAUACAAACCCAAUCAAGAUAGACACUUGCAGUGACUGUAACAAUUACAGAUUAUGGACAGUACGCAGGCCUACAAGACAGGUAUGGUCUAGAAAUGGCAUUUCCCCUCUCCCCCAAAGGUCAUAGUAGAACAGCUGGUAUUACAUUUUACAUAUAACUUACCAAGUGGUAAAGCCGCAUAUCAGGGCUCCCACGCAAUAUACUUCAUCCGAACACAACAGCCGAAGAAAUUUGAGAUACACCUCUACGCCUGAUUUGGUUUUUUUAAUUUAUCCCAGCCGCGGAAGAUUAACAGCAAGAGCGAAUAGAAUAUAGUUUUUAUGCAUGAAACAACAAAGUUCCAACAUGACGAAGGCCAAUACCAAGGAUACAACAAGCGGAAAAAGAGGCUAAUGAGAUGUCGAGGAUACCGGCCAACCUGAAACAAGGCACCAUUUACAAGGUGAGAUUACAACUACAAAAGUGCAAGCAUGUCAACUUUGAUUACCAUUUCAUGUAGCCUUCCCAUGAAUACUAAACAUCAGAAUACAAGUAUAACGACAAAGGGCAUGCAGUGGAAUGCAGGGGGCAGGAAACUGAAAAGAAUAGAGAUCCUACUCAGGAAAUUCAUCAUUGUCACAAAGCAAACAAUAACAAAAAUUUAAUACUCCCUCCAUUCCAAAAUAAGUGUCAUCCUACACUUUGCACAUAGUUUAAGAAACUCUUAAAUAGGGUAAUAAAAUUACUUGAAUAUCCUCAACCAACCCCAUUAUAAAAUUGUCCACCAAUAGCAUCAACUCUUUUGAGGGUAAUUUUGGAAAAUUUUGAAAAAAAGUGCAUUGAAAUGUGAAAACGACACUUAUUUUGGAAUUUCUUCAUUUUGCUAAAACGUCACUUAUUUUGGAAUGGAGGGAGUACAAUUUAGUUUGUAUGCAUUCUCAUUUUUUCAACAAUGAUGAAAACAUUUCAAAACUUCUUCAAAGCUAAAAUCAUAGUCAACCUUUUCCAUGAUCAUCAAGUAGUACUUGCAACUAUUGAUUUUAAAUAUCUAAAUCAGGACGAAUGCAUCGACAUAAUGAAACUGACUACCGUAGAAAAAGAAACACCUAUACUCACUCUAUUGCGACGAGUCCAGUUACAGCAUCUCUCUUCAUAUGUUAAUAUGACAAAAAAAAUACUUACUGGAAAAAGCAUGUCUAAUGCAUCCCAUGCUGCAUGACGAACAGCUCUAGUUGGAUAAGUAGGGCCACCAGGUG